CUUGUAAAAUUGGUGACGCACAAGCUAACUGACUUGCCUUGUAGUCUGUUAUUUUUAGCUGGUAGCCGAGGGCUAGCAACAGACAUAUUUGAGAUAUAGAAUUGGUCUGAAGUCCACAGAUAGAUGACAUACACGUGCAUGUUACCGAAAAGAUUCGAAUGAGGGGUCUGUCACGCAUUUAUUUAACCACAGGCGGAAACCGGGGACGUCUGGUGGUCACCCUACUAUAAGCUCCAGAUAAAAAAAUAUAAUGAACCUAAAAGUGAGACAAAAAGAAAAAAAACCUGACGUGAAGACCAAACAGGUAAAAAUAGGAAAGCAUAUAAAUGAUUAUUUGGCUUGUAUAGCUCAUCUAAAUCUAUCCAAUUAUUCGGAUAGGGUAGCCCUGAGCCCCGUAGCCAUCUCUACAUAGUUCUUGCGUAGCCUACAUUGCUGCUACAAUCUACACCUGAAGGCUACAGCAUUUUACAAACACUGCGUGUGGUGGUUGCUGUGAGACAAGCGUCAACAAAGUAGGCCUCUCUCCUACAAUGUCGUCUGGCUUUUCCGCUAAUCAGUAUGAAGGUGCCUUCAAGUCGCAGAAACUGCAGAACUGGACUGUUCCAAAACACUUCAAAGAGAGACCCUCUGCAGCUGAUGGACACACCACCUUCAUAGCAACCGACCGUGGCCACCUACUGCCAGGAAUGAAAGCUAAGAGUGGAAGUGCCUGGACAUCAUUUACAGGCACAUGGGAUUUGCCAAACUGGAUCCCUCCCACCUAUGUAAACCCCACCGCACGUUCCCACAAGGGUCAGGAGCGUCUGAGGAACUGGAGUAGCCACAAGGAAACCAUCAAAAAGGCCACAAGCCCACGGCAAGAAGCAGAGGCCCAAAGCACCAGCCGAGCCUCCAAAACCCAAGAGGAGAUCAUGACUGACCAACCAGUGAAUCAGGAGCAACUGUUAGAGGCCGCAGCAUACUGCGCUUCCCCCAAUGCUAAUGGUCUCCCGGACUCCCAGAGGACUCCAGAACCGAGCAGGCAUGCUUCCCCAUCAAAGCCCAGUGCCUUCCCAGAAGAGCACAGCCAAUGAGAGACCAGCACCUCAGAAAAGCCACGUCGGUGGUCAACCACAUCCAUCCAUUGAGAGACCAGCAACUCGACGGGGUUCAAACUCACCUCAAGAGCUCUCAGAUGCAGACUGAGCAGUGAUGCCACUGACACCCAGGAAUGUUUAUUUUCUUUUUUUUUAUAGAAAAAUAUUGCCUGUAUUUCUGAUUCUAUCAGGUCUGCUAGAAUUCUGAGAACAUCUGUCUGUUUUGUGAUUUGAAAAAGGAUUGUGAGUGAAUUUAUGAUUACAAGAGAUUAAAAUGCAUCAUACAAAA